AUGAGUUCGUCAGUGGUUGCUGAACAUUAUAAUAAUGUAAAACAAACAGGAAUACAACUGAGAACGAAAAGCCGAAUUUUCUAUCUCAGAAAUUUCAAUAACUGGAUAAAAAGUCAAUUAAUUAAUGAUGCGACAAACAGACUAAAAGAAAUUGGUAUACAUCAUCCUAGAAUACUCGACAUUGCGUGCGGAAAAGGAGGCGAUCUUAGAAAAUGGGAUAUCGCGAAGGCCAAGGAAGUUGUUAUGGUUGAUAUUGCGGAUGUUUCAAUCGAACAGGCUAAAGAAAGAUAUGGCCAAAUGCAAGGUUACAAGCAACACUUGUUUCGAGCUGAAUUUCAUGUAGCUGAUUGUACAAAGACUGAGAUAAAAUCAUUAAUAACAUCCCAAGAACAAUUCGAUUUGACAAGUUGCCAGUUUGCAAUGCACUAUUCAUUUGUUGAUGAGCAAUCUGCCCGAACCUUCCUCAAAAAUGCUGUGGAAAUGCUGAAACCAGGUGGAAUUUUUAUAGGAACUCUUCCGGACGCUGAUCGUAUAAUGUGGGCAGUUCGAAGUGGAGAGAAUGGAACAUUCGAAAAUGAUGUCGUAAAAGUUAAAUAUGAAAAUCUCGAUGAGCUCGAUGAAGGAAAAACCCCAUUAUUCGGCGCGAAAUUUCAUUUUACUUUGGAUUCGCAAGUCAAUUGUCCAGAGUUUCUCGCCUAUUUCCCACUUGUUAAAAAACUUCUUGAAGAAAUGGAUAUGGAAUUGCUGUACGUGAAAAAUUUUGAUGAGGCUGUUGAACAAUAUAUGGAGAAAGGCCGUUCUCUUAUCGAAAAUAUGCAGGGAUUGGAAACCUACCCAGCUCCAGAACAUAAGAAAUUAUCCGGAAAACCUGAAGAUUAUAAUGCUGCAAAAGAAAAACUCGAAUCUCUUCAAGAAGCCGAACAAAAAUAUGUGGGAACAUUAUCAAAAUCUGAAUGGGAAGCUGUCUCAAUGUAUCUCGUAUUUGCAUUUCGGAAAAAGGGAGCCGAAGAGCAGAAAUCUGAAAAUUAA